GUUUAUUCAUUUAUUUGUUAACAUUUAGAGCAUGAUCAAAUAACUUACACUUCGUUUAAUGGGAAAUGAACACUGAGAACUACCUAAAUGUGGAUAUAUCUCAAAAUAACACUAAUAAUAAUAUAAGUGAACAAUUACUUUCAAGUAGUAGUUCCAUAGUGGAAACUAUAACAUUUCUGGGAUUUAUUGUAAUUAUAGCCAUCACUAUUGGUGGUAAUUUACUUGUUCUUGUUGCAAUCUGUACAAAACAUAAAUUGCGAAGAAAUGUUACGAAUUGUUUCAUAGCAUCCUUAGCAGCAGCAGAUUUACUAUUGGGAGCUAUUGUUAUGCCAUUCGCUGUGAUUGAUCUAUUAAGAUCUAUCCAUAAAGACUGUCUUCCCAAAAAUCAGCAAGAUCAGUAUGUUUUAUGGCCAUUUGGUCAAAUCUGGUGUGAUAUGUGGCACGCAUUUGAUGUUCUUAGUUCAACAGCUUCAAUUUUAAAUUUAUGUGCAAUUUCAGUGGAACGUUAUAUUGCUAUUUCAGACCCAUUUAAUUAUCCUUUACGUGUAACACAUUCACGAUGUAUUAUUAUGAUUAUGCUUACUUGGGUAUGCUCUAUACUAAUUUCCUUUCCAGCCAUUGCCUGGUGGCGACAUUCAAGUAGUAUGUAUAAUGUUUCUGAUAUGCAUAGUGUACCAGAUUUAGAAUGUUUAUUUUCUUCUGACAGAGUUUAUUUAUUCAUUUCUUCGUGUAUUUCAUUUCAUAUACCCUUGAUAGUUAUGAUUUUUGUUUAUUGGAAAAUAUAUCAGAAAGCAAAUGGUCUCAUUAAGACCUUUAACACAGGUAAAAGAUUGAUUUAUCGAAAAUCACUAGGUGGUGAGGCGAUGAUAUUAAGAGUGCACAGAGGCGGUAUAACUAAAACACUGCCGUCAGUCUUGCAACAGGGUGUAUUGUCCCAUAAUCCUAAUACUUCUGUCAAAGUAUCAUACGUAUCUUCUCAUGAAAUCCUCAACAAUCAAUCGCCUAUAUUGUCGCCAACAGCAAAUGAUGAUAAUAAAAAUAAUCAUGAAAUAUUAGAGUGUAAUGUAGAUGAAAACAAAAAAAAUACAAAACAUGUUAAAUUUAAUCACUCUAGAAAAUCUCAAUCAUUUGAUGAAAAAAACACUCACUGCACAUUAUUCUCUGGUUGCUACAGAACUGUAUUCAAUCGAUUUAAUGUAAACAAUUCAUUAAUACAAAAGGAUGACAAUAUAACAGCAACACCUGGGACGCAGAAUGCAGAAGAAAGUUUGCUAUCAUCAAGAAGCUAUCUAAGUGAAAUCAAAAAACGAGUACAACGAUUCACUAAAGAACGGAAAGCAGCUAAAACUCUUGGAAUUGUGAUGGGUGUAUUUGUGUUAUGCUGGUUACCAUUUUUUGUUUAUAACACAAUAAAAGCUGUUUACCCAUCAGUUUUAAAAACUCAAGAGAAUAUAAUUUUUCCACUUGUCACAUGGCUUGGUUAUUUGAAUUCAGGUGUCAAUCCGUUUAUCUAUGCAUAUUCUUUACGGGAUAUUCGUAAAGCAUUUCUUGAUAUUCUGUGCACACCAUGUAAAACACAUUCUAAUUGGUGUCGCACAAGGCUAAAUCAAACUAGAGAUACUUAUGUGUCACAAUAUACCGAUGAACCAACAGAUGCUUUAAAAUCUAUUAAUUGUCAGUCUACAAUGUCGCUUGCUAAUGGUUCAUCAUUAUACACAGACCACAAAUAUUCCAUGGAAUCGACAUCUUCACCGUAGCAAAAGAAUUUCUCUUUUGAAAUGUAUUCAGAUGAAAAUAAUCUACAAAAUGAAUUUUAUCAUGACAGUAAACACGAUAAUAGAGAAAUUUACAGAAUUUGUGGAAUUUACUAUAAAAUCUGACAGUCUACCUUUGAGUUUAUCAGGAAAAAGGAAAUUUUAUUUAAAACAUUUCAGAACCCAAAUGGUAACUAACAUCAUUUAUUAGCCAAUGUAUGAAAAACUAUUCAUAAUUUCAAUACUAAAAUAGUCCAUAUUUUAUCAACAAUAUUAUUUCUAUUUCCUAACAUUGUCACUAGAAUCCAAUACCUUAUAAAUCAUUUGUUUAAGACAAAUGUUUGUACACUGUACUCUAUUAUGUAAAAAAGUAGGUUUAUCUUCGAUCCUGUCUAUCUAUCUAAAUCUGUAAAACCACUCAAAUAAUAAAGUGAUAAGUAAACAUGUUCAUGAUUGUACUUUGAAUUCAUGAGUCAAUUGAGUCUGGAACAACAUAGAAAAUCUAGAAGUACUGGACGGCCUACAGUGGGACUCCUCAGCAGUGCACAUCCACGAUCCUGCCUCGAGAGAUCCGAACCCAGGACUUAUCAGUUUCGCGCUCGAACGAUUAAGCAUUAGACCACCAAGUCGGCAUCCAACAAUGUUAAUGUUUAACUACAACUAAUCCAUUGUUAUACGAGAAUAUCAAUGUCAAUAAAAUGCCACUAACAGACAACUGAAUUUCUUAUUGAUAAACUUUUUUGAAAAUCAUAAUACAUCUUUAUCUCUAUGAAUUAUAUAUUUAUUUAUUAGGAAUUUUGAGACAAUUUAUAAAUCUGUAAUCAUAAAAACUUUCUUUAAGCUUAAACUCACUAAAUUAGCUAUUGCCUUAAGCAGUCAUUUUAUUUAUCUAACUAUAACAAUUUUUUGAUUAGUUUCAUAUCAUCAGUUUACUGUAUGUUAUCUCAUAAACUAGAAAUGUUUAUUUAUCCAAGAAACAAAAACAAACAUAUUUAUAUGUUGUAAUGGUAUGUUUUUUUUUAG